AUGGAGGUUGUCCGCUCAUUGCCUGGAGACCUCUACCACAUCUUCCCGCUCUAUGUGGACAUGGGGGAUUGUGGACACGCAGGGGCUACUAGACGCCGUGUCUAUGUCAUCCUGGCCCACAAGCACAUGACUGACAUGAUCACCAACCCUUACAACCUCUACCAGAAUGUGGUCCUUGAUCUGAGAUUGAAGAGUGAGGCAUUGGAUUGCCAGACCACCCCAGGUGACUACCUCACAGCUGAUCACAUGGAGAUCCAGUUAGAUGCAAUGGAAGUUGCCCGUUCGUCAGGCAAGCCAUUCAGAUCCAACCUUGCGGAUUUGAGUUAUUUGCUCUCAGACCGUGAGCAGGAGGCUGCCUCACAACUAUCCCAGUACUAUGUGCAGAGGCUGACCGUGCUAUCCUUUCCAAUCCGUGGGCCAAUGAGCAGCGCAAUUGGAUGUGAACCUUUAGGGGUGCGAGACCCAAAGCGGGCCGCCCAGCUGGUUGGCAAUGCUAUGGCUUUUGGAAGUGUGACUCUGGUUGUCCUUGUCGCCCUGAGUUCAUUCAAGAUGAAACCAUCUUACCUGGUGGCGCAUUUGCCUCCUGAUGUGUCAGAUAUGACUACGAUGACGGGGCUUGCAGCAGCUUCACACUGA